AUGCCCAUUCUCUGCCGCCAUAUGCAGCGCUGUCCGUCCAUCCGUAUCCUUAGCACCUGCGUCAACCUUGCCGGUAUCGAGAAGCAGCUUAACAACCGCCUCAUGCCCCUUCUCUGCCGCCCUAUGCAGCGUUGUCUGUCCAAGCCAAUCCUUAGCACCUGCGUUAACCUUGCCGGUAUCGAGAAGCAGCUUAACAACCGCCUCAUGCCCAUUCCCUGCCGCCGAAUACAACGCUGUCCCUUUAUACUGGUCCCGAGGAUCUGCGUCAACCUUGCUGGUAUCGAGAAGCAGCUUAACAACCGCCUCAUGCCCAGUUAUCGCCGCCAUAUGCAGCGCUGUCCGUUUAUGCGAGUUCCGAGGAUCUGCAUCAACCUUGCCAGUAUCGAGAAGCAGCUUAACAACCGCCUCAUGCCCAUUCCCUGCCGCCAUAUGCAGCACUGUCUGUCCAUUCCGAUUCUUAGCACCUGCGUCAACCUUUCCAGUAUCGAGAAGCAGCUUAAUAACCGCCUCAUGCCCAUAGUUCGCCGCGCUAUGCAGCGCUGUCCAUCUAUCCUUAUCCUUAGCACCUGCGUCAACCUUGCCAGUAUCGAGAAGCAGUUUAACAACCGCCUCAUGCCCAUUCUUUGCCGCCAUAUGCAACGCUGUCCGUUCAUACCAGCCCUGAGCAUUUGCGUCAACCUUGCCGGUAUCGAGAAGCAGCUUAACUACCCCUUUAUGCCCAUUCUUUGCCGCUAUAAAUAG